CGGCGUCGUCUCCUCAAAUGGAGUUUGCCAAUCAGAGAAAGUGAAUUCAGAGAUCAAGAACCAUCAAGAAAGGGUUUUGGAAGAGAAGAAGACGGGAAAAUGGAGAGAGGAGAGAGAAUGAGGAGAGAGAAGAAAGCGGUGGCGGCGACGGCGCUGGCAGGGCUUCUUCUGCUCAGCUUGGUGAGCGACGUCUCGGCCCUUUCCGUGACCGUAAACGACGUCGAGUGCGUGUACGAGUACGUCCUCUACGAAGACGACACCGUCUCCGGUAACUUCGUCGUCGUCGAUCACGAUAUCUUCUGGAACUCCGACCACCCGGGCAUCGAUUUCAUCGUGACAUCUCCAGCAGGUAAUGAGGUGCACACUUUGAAGGGAACACCUGGGGACAAGUUUGAGUUCAAGGCUCCAAGAAGUGGAAUGUAUAAAUUCUGUUUUCAUAACCCUCACUCAACACCAGAGACAGUUGCUUUCCACAUACAUAUUGGCCACAUUCCCAAUGAACAUAACCUCGCGAAAGAUGAGCAUUUGGACCCUAUUAAUGUUAAGAUAGCAGAGUUGAGGGAGGCAUUGGAAUCUGUUACGGCAGAGCAACAGUACUUGAAAGCACGUGAUGCUCGCCAUCGUCGUACUAAUGAUAGUACGAGGAAACGGGUUCUAUUUUACACAUUUGGAGAAUACCUUUUGCUGGCUUGUUUGAGUGUCCUUCAAGUCCUAUACAUACGGCAGCUGUUCAGUAAGUCGGUUGGUUACAACAGGGUUUGAGGCAUCUGGGUUUGUAUUUGGAGUCUAACAGAUGCGAUUACAGCAAACAUGUUUUUUUUUUAAUUAGCAACCCAUGUGCGGGAUCAUAGUUGUUUAUUCGGGAUAUAACUUCUCCGGGAUAGUGUUUUUCUUUACCUUAUUUGCUGAUUUCAAUCAUGUCAAAAGUGACAUUUUAAGUGCGGGGAUUCAAUAUAUUUGCAGUAGUUGGAAUUCA